AUGUGUCGGUAUGUCGCAGGCGCGGGGCGCUGGGACGCGCGGCGCGCGCGGCCGGUGCCCGACGCCGUGUGGCUGGAGCAGCACCGCCGCGCGCUGCCCUUCGUGCUCAAGCGAGAGAACGAGCGGAACGCGCCCGCGCCCAGACUUAUAAAAUUGGGGGAGGGAGUGGAGAUCCGCGAGGAACUAUUGCGGGGGGUCAAGUGGGGGGACUACAGGAAAGUGACCCGGGGGCUGGCGGCGGCGUUGUUCUCGCCCAUGGAACUGGCCACCUGCUCCGUGACGGGGCAGAGGUGGUCGCGCGCGGGGCAGGAGGCGCGCCCGACCAAGCCCCCGCUCGACCGGCGCCGCGUUCAUGCACUCAUAUCGUACGUCAGCAGGCAUUUCCCUGACGUCGAAGUCAGCCGCAUAAAGCAAGUGCUCGCGUAUAAGUGCAAGGAGAACUGCGCCGCGCUACGCAUGAGGACCGCCAGCGAGUCCAGCAACUACCUGCUGAGCGCGGCGGCGCGCCCGCCCGACGACGCGCCCGCGCCCGCCGCGCCGCCCGCGCCCUACGCGCACUUCGAGCGGCCUAAAGGCGGCGGAGCGGGCGGCGGCGGGGGCGGGGGCGGCGGCGAGGGCGCGGGCGACGAGGGCGAGGCGCCGCAC